AUGCAGCCUCUGUUUCCCGGAGCCAGUGGUUGGAGAUUCAGGAUUGCAUUCAAGGCUGCCUGUGGUGUACUUUUUAACGAGGAGGGCGAUCGUCACAUACAGCCAGUUGAGACGUGUGUAAAUUUCAAUCAGAAUUCCCAAUUGCCGGCAGCAUGGCAUCAACAAGGUCCUGCUGCUGCUGCAGCGUACAAUACGUGUUCCGAAAUAAUUCCAAAUUGUAAUCAAAAUGUUGUUGUGACCACAAUUCCGCGUCAUCAUCCUUAUCGUCGUUGUGAAAAUCAGCAGCCACAACCUCUGAUGGUGCAACAACCGCCAGUACCACCACCACAACAACAGCAACAACACCAAAUUGUUUACCCAGCAACACCAAAUUAUAUUUGUAACAAUGGUGGUGAUUAUAGAUCACAACAACAACCACAAAUUAUGCCUCAACAACCGCAUCCUUCUACUGCCUCCCAUGCUGUUGUCUAUCAAACUCCACCAACAUUUCAGCGUCAGUGGCCACAGCAAGCCAACCAACAGCAACCAAUGAUACCCUUUAAUAACAAUGUAGGAAUGCCACAACAACAACAACAUGGCCACGUAAACAACAAUUAUUAUGCUCCACAUGUCCCUUUGCCCGGUUCCGCACGACCCUCUUUACCUUGUCAAGGCAAUCAACCAUGGACCUAUGCCUAUUGUUAUGGCUAUGGUCCCUACAGUAACCAGGAACCAUGUCAAUAUACUCAGGUCAUUGACAUUGAAGAUUUCAUGAACAAUGAAAAACGUAAAGAACGUUCUCGUGAUGCUGCCAGAUGCCGGCGGUCUCGUGAAACUGAAAUUUUCACAGAAUUGGCCCAAGUGCUGCCCUUGAAAAAAGAAGAUGUCCAACAGCUGGAUAAAGCAUCAGUUAUGCGUAUUGCCAUAUCAUAUCUAAAAGUUCGUGAUAUGCUGAAAAUGUUUCCCAAAAUCCAAGCCUUGUAUGAAAAUAAUACUUCUUCAAAUCAGACACCAGAUGAUUCCGAAAAUGAGUCACAACAAUCUCAAUCGACGGAUGAUAAUCAAGAUAAAUCAGAAACAACAAAGCCAACUGGCGUUGAAGACAAUUUAAACGCUUCGGCUGAAGACGAAUCGUCAUCGUCGUCGCCCAUGGAAUCGACUCGUUUUAUUAAACAAACCCUGGACGGGUUUCUUUUGAUUUUAUCCAAUGAUGGGGAUAUUACAUAUGUUACCGAUAACAUUAGCGAUUAUUUGGGUAUAUCAAAGAUUGAUAUGCUGGGCCAACAAAUCUGGGAAUAUGCUCAUCAAUGCGAUCAUGCUGAGCUCAAAGAAGCCUUAAAUAUUAAACGCAAUGGUGUUGCUGAUAAAAUUAAAGAUGAACAUUUAUUGGAAGAGGGUAUCUCCACGGAUCAUCGUGAUCUUUUUGUUCGUUUGAAAUGCACCCUGACCAGUCGUGGUCGCAGCAUUAAUAUUAAAAGUGCUUCUUAUAAGGUCAUUCACAUUACCGGCCACUUGGUGGUCAAUACAAAAGGUGAUCGUGUUUUGGUGGCAAUGGGUAGACCCAUACCCCAUCCCUCCAACAUUGAGGUACCAUUGGGCAGCACCACUUUUUUAACCAAGCAUUCAUUGGAUAUGAAAUUUGUGUAUGCAGAUGAAAAAAUGUUUAAUUUAUUGGGUUAUAAACCCGAAGAUUUAUUGGAGACAUCAUUGUUUAAUUAUCAUCACGGCAUCGAUUCGGAUAGUUUAAUGGUGACAUUUAAAAAUGUUUUAUCCAAGGGCCAGGGUGAAACCUGUCGCUAUCGUUUCCUGGGCAAAUAUGGUGGCUAUUGUUGGAUUGUGACACAGGCCACCAUUGUCUAUGACAAAUUGAAACCCCAAAGUGUGGUUUGUGUUAAUUAUGUCAUUAGGUAA